AAAGAGCACGCACAAUUCGCGCUCCAUCUCGGUCGAAGUCACGAUACUCCUGUGCCACACGUAGGCACAGUCGCCCAUCUUCUCUCCCUCUAGCUGUGCAGCCUGUCUUCGCAGUCGUCAUUGCAGCUCACUCGAACGACCCGUGAGAGCUCGGACCUCGCGCAAGAUUGAGCCCGCGCGAGAAGCUCGGUCUACGCCUUGCUCGCUAUGCCCAUUAUGCUGCGAUCGCUUCCGAGAUCACAAUGCUCGGACCUGACGCUAUCUGUUUCUCGCUACAUGUGUGCCGCAAUCGUCUCCGAUGAGGCGCUGCCGGCGCUGCACAGCCGGCGUCGGGCGGCGCGGACCUCUGCUCGACGGUCGAGCGACCGGAGUGAAUCGCCGCCCUGGCCAAAGCUCGACGUGCACUCAGCUCGGCGCAUGCUCUCAUUGUGUGCCCUUGCGAGCAUCGACUCCUUCGGUCGCCAUAACGAACGAAAGAUCGCCUUUUCGUUGACCUGGGACACGUCGGCGUCGCACAGCGAACCGCCUAAACUCGACAGCGUGGCUCCUCUUUCUUCUCUGCUCGUCGACAACAAUCGCCUCUGCACGUCCCGAGCCCAGUAGAGCCUUUCCUCGAGCCGGCGUUCAAGCGCGCACGAGUCUCAGCAGACGCACAACAUCUCCCGAAGCGCACCUCAACGCACAGCUUGCCAAGACGCCUUCGAGACCGCGACGCCCGAGGAGCCGCA